AUGGAUUCUGACGACGAUUUCAUGUCUGGCUUGUCCAGCGAUGAAGAUGCUCUGCAAGACGAGAGUGACGAUGAGAAUGGAUCCGCAGAUGACUUUGGCUUUGACGAACCCGAACCAGACCUAGGUUAUACACAAAAGGAUGAAGUCAAGAAGGAGAAGAAGUCAUUCGAUACCACAUUUAAAGUCUACGAACCAAAAGCCAUACAGGCACAGCAAGAUGACCUCAUCGAUGAAGUCAACAUGAUCCUAGACAUCCGAAAGGAAGAUGCAGCAAUUCUGCUACGACACUUCAGAUGGAAUAAGGAGCGGCUGAUUGAGGAUUAUAUGGACAGACCAAAGAAAGUGCUUGAGAUUGCUGGCUUGGGUCCUAGUUCGACUGGCCCCCCUCGCCUGGAGAAAAUCCCUGGUUUCAUGUGCGACAUCUGCUGCGAGGAUGAGGCUGAACUCUUGUCUUUUGCUAUGAAAUGUGGCCACAGAUACUGCGCGAACUGUUACAAGCAAUAUCUGACUCAAAAGAUCAAAGAGGAAGGCGAGGCAGCUCGAAUUCAAUGCCCACAGGAUGGAUGCAAACGAAUCAUGGACGCCAAGUCUCUUGAUCUCCUUGUAUCCGUUGACCUCAAGGAUCGAUACCACGAACUGCUCACCAGAACCUAUGUGGAGGACAAAGACCAACUGAAGUGGUGCCCAGCCCCAGACUGCGUCAAUGCUAUCGAAUGCGGUAUCAAGAAGAAGGACCUGGAUAAGGUUGUGCCCACAGUUGCUUGUGAUUGCAAGCACCGAUUCUGCUUCGGCUGCGGUCAAGCAGAUCAUCAACCAGCUCCGUGUGAACUUGUCAAGAAGUGGCUCAAGAAGUGUGCAGAUGAUUCCGAAACGGCGAACUGGAUUUCCGCCAACACGAAGGAAUGCCCCAAGUGUGUCUCUACCAUCGAGAAGAACGGAGGAUGCAACCAUAUGACUUGUAGGAAGUGCAAACAUGAGUUCUGCUGGAUGUGUAUGGGCUUAUGGUCAGAGCAUGGUACAAGCUGGUACAACUGUAACCGAUUCGAGGAGAAGAGUGGCUCGGAAGCUCGCGACGCCCAGACAAAGUCUCGCGUUUCUCUGGAAAGAUAUCUCCAUUACUACAAUCGAUAUGCCAACCACGAGCAAUCAGCGAAACUCGACAAAGACAUCUACCAAAAGACAGAGUCCAAGAUGAUCAAGCUCCAAACCGCAUCUGGCAUGUCUUGGAUCGAAGUACAAUACUUAAAUGCUGCGUCGCAGGCCCUUCAGACCUGUCGUCAAACACUGAAGUGGACAUAUGCAUUCGCCUUCUACCUAGCUCGCAAUAACCUGACCGAAAUGUUCGAAGACAACCAAAAGGAUCUUGAGAUGGCUGUCGAAGCACUUUCCGAAAUGUUCGAGAAGCCCGUCGAGGAUCUUGCGGACUCAAAGUUGAAGGUUGAAAUUAUGGACAAGACAUCCUACUGCAACAAGCGUCGUGUCAUUUUGCUAGAGGAUACGGCAGAUAACUUGGCAAACGGUGUAUGGACUUGGUCUAAUGGCUUCUGA